GUGUACUGACACCAUACGCGUGUGAAUGUUCGGAGAGAAAAGUAUCCCAAUGCCCUCUCUAACGAGGUGAUGCUUCACAUUGUUUUUAAUUGCUUCUGAUGUCACGGCAGAGGAGGGGCGACGGGAGCGAGUCUACUGACAGCUCGGCGCUGAAAACAUGGUGGAGCUGCAUGGCCAUUCUGACUCCCGGGGAUAUUCUGCACCUUUCGUUUCACUGAUCAACAGGAUUUUGAGAAGUUUGGAAUCCUGCAUUCUUUCCCUUUAGGGCUGUUAAAACAGGACUGCUCAUCUGAAAGCUGCAUGGAUGUGAAUGAUAAAUGCUGUUUGAACCAUCAACCUUCAUUUUAGCCUAGUCAGUGUUACACCAAUCUGAUGAGCUUGAACGUCUCUGCCUUUGCCUGGUUCAGUAGUGGAGCAGUGUCAUUCAGCCAUUUCACACAAUAAUAAAUGUCCUUGAAAGCCUGUCGACUGGAUGGCUUGACUGUUGGAAGAGAGGAAGGAAUGUGUUCAUUGUAAAAGAGUGCUUGUUAAUAAGGCAGCCAUGAGCCAUCGAGACGAGGCUGAACUGGAGGAUGAGCCCGGUAGCAGUGGAGGGGAUGUGAAUGAAGCUGUAGAGGCUGACAUUGAAUGCCCUGAUGUAGAGGAAGAACAGCAUGCUGCAUCUUCUGUCCAGUUUCAGAGACCUGAUCACUCAAACUCUGGAAGCAUGAAACGUGGAAGAGUACGGCAGCAACUGAAUAGUAAUGGCCAAGAAAGUGGAGAACUUUAUUCCCAACAACAGCAGCCUUCUGUAACUCGGUACAGAAGGUUUGAUGGCACUGUCACUGGAAAUCCUGCCCGAGGGCAAAGAAAAUCACAAGAAGAGCCUGAGCAACAAACACCACACAGGGCGGCAGUUACCCGAUACAGAAGACAGGCUGAUGGAGAGGCCCGAAUCAGAGCACAGCAGCAACGACAGAGACGGCAACACCAGCAGAAAAUGGCUGAGGCAGAGGCAAUGCAGCCUUCUCCCCCUUUGCCAGCUGCUGUUCAACCAUCCCAACCUAUAGAUAUAGAGUAUGAGGACAUAGAGGAUGAAGAUCAGGGUUCUGCACUUGCCAGAUCAGCAAGCACUGAAAGUGGCUUCCACAAUCACACUGAUACAGCUGAGGGUGAUAUGAUAGCCUCAGAGGCAGAAGCAGAGACAGCAUCUGGAGGGGAGGCAGUGGAAGAUGAAAAUGCUUAUGCACUACACUACCGUCCAGAAGCCGAGGAGUAUACAGAGAGUGCUGAGGCUGAGCAGCACGAAGGACCUGUUCAGGUUCAGUCUCAUCCGCCUCCACCCCCAGCAGACCCCCUUCCACACUUUCGCUCACUUGACCAUAAUGGAGAGGUCAUAAAUUCAGCCUACUCGGGCUAUGUUUAUACCCAUAGAUUAUUCCAAGGUACAGAGCAUGAGUCAAGGGAUGGAGGUGAAGGGCGAGAAGAAGAUGAAGAUGAACCCUACGCUGAACCCUAUGCUGAUUAUGGACUCCAAGAACAUGUUUAUGAAGAAAUUGGUGAUACCCCUCCAGAAGUGGAUCAUCCUCAGUCCCGAGUGGGUUUUCGUUUAUUUGAGCACAACAGCUACCGUCAGGAGGCACUGGGAGCAAGGCUUCACCAUUAUGAUGAACGUUCUGAUGGCGAGUCUGAUAGUCCAGAGAAGGAAGCCGAAUUUGCACCGUACCCUCGCAUGGACAGCUAUGACCAGGAGGAAGAUAUUGAUCAGAUAGUAGCAGAAGUUAAGCAGAGCAUGAGCUCUCAGAGUCUAGACCAGGCUGCUACAGAGGACCGUCCAGAAUCGGAGCAAAACUCUUUGGAGCCAGGAAACAAGGAGCCAGGAGAAAGUCCCCCAAGGCCUACUGCGUCAAGCCCUGUUGAAGAGCAACCCCUGCAGAGACACAGCAAGGAGAAAAGGGAUGCCAUUUCUUUGGCCAUAAAGGACAUUAAAGAAGCCAUUGAGGAAGUCAAGACAAGGACCAUACGCUCCCCUUACACUCCUGAUGAGCCAAAAGAACCAAUUUGGGUUAUGAGGCAAGACAUCAGUCCGACCAGAGAAUGUGAUAACCAAAGGCAGUUAGGUGGAGAUUCUCCAGGUUCUGGUUCAGCAUCCCCUCAGGGAGCAGAGUCAUCCUCCAUUAGGCAACAUCUGCAUGAUGGCAGUGAAAGUUCAGAGUCAUCUGCUAACAAAGAGUCAAGGAAAAGUUUGGCUUCGUUUCCGACUUAUGUUGAAGUUCCUGGACCUUGCGACCCUGAAGACCUUAUUGAUGGCAUCAUCUUUGCCGCCAACUACCUUGGUUCAACGCAGCUGCUGUCAGACAAAACUCCUUCCAAGAAUGUUCGGAUGAUGCAGGCUCAGGAAGCCGUCAGCAGAAUCAAGAUGGCGCAGAAAUUAGCCAAAAGCAGGAAGAAGGCUCCUGAAGGUGAAUCGCAGCCCAUGACUGAAGUGGACCUUUUCAUUUCGACUCAGAGAAUCAAAGUUCUCAAUGCAGAUUCCCAGGAAACGAUGAUGGACCAUCCUCUGAGGACGAUCUCCUACAUCGCAGACAUCGGAAACAUUGUUGUACUUAUGGCUCGUCGAAGAAUGCCACGUUCCAAUUCCCAGGAGAAUGUAGAAUCUUCACAUCCCUCUCAAGAUGAGAAGAGGCAAUACAAAAUGAUCUGCCAUGUCUUUGAGUCUGAGGAUGCCCAGCUAAUCGCCCAGUCCAUUGGUCAGGCUUUCAGCGUGGCUUACCAAGAGUUUCUUAGGGCAAAUGGCAUUAAUCCAGAAGACUUGAGCCAAAAGGAGUACAGUGACCUUCUUAACACCCAAGACAUGUACAAUGACGACCUGAUCCACUUCUCCAAGUCAGAGAAUUGUAAAGAUGUGUGCAUUGAUAAGCAGAAGGGAGAGAUCCUGGGCGUUGUCAUCGUGGAGUCCGGCUGGGGCUCCAUCCUGCCCACCGUAAUCAUCGCUAAUAUGAUGCACAGCGGCCCAGCCGAGAAAUCUGGACGUCUGAACAUCGGGGACCAGAUUAUGUCCAUCAAUGGGACCAGCCUGGUGGGGUUACCUCUGUCAACUUGCCAGAGCAUAAUAAAGGGUUUGAAAAAUCAGUCCAGGAUUAAACUGAACAUCGUAAGAUGUCCUCCGGUUACGACAGUGCUUAUCAGAAGACCUGACCUCAGAUACCAGCUGGGUUUCAGCGUUCAGAAUGGAAUUAUCUGUAGCCUUAUGAGAGGUGGUAUAGCAGAGCGUGGAGGAGUUCGAGUUGGUCACAGGAUUAUUGAGAUCAACGGACAAAGUGUAGUGGCAACGCCUCAUGAGAAGAUUGUCCACAUUUUGUCAAAUGCAGUUGGAGAGAUUCACAUGAAGACAAUGCCAGCUGCCAUGUACAGACUGCUAACUGCCCAGGAGCAGCCCGUUUACAUCUGAGGCCGCCGCCGUAUGUGAAGGGAUCGGCUUUGCAGCUGUGGUUGUGUUUCUAGUGCUGCAUUUUUGUGUCCGCAGUAACAUUCCUUAGGUGGUGUAUGUGUGUGUCAUUUUAUCAGACUUCUAUUUCUUUUCCUACAGCCCGAAUUUUAGUUUGGUAUGUUGAUUCUUAGCACCAAACUGUUUGCCCCUCGGGAUAUCAUUGGACUUUGGUUGACAAUACUAAGUUGCUCCAGAGGUCAUUGCAUUAACCAAAAACCGCAUUAAAUGAAUGUUACUACUAACAACAACCAUCUCCUCUAUACAAGGGAGUCCUCAUGGUAUACAUGUGUGCAGAACACCUCCUUGGCUGUCACUUUACAGUCCCAAUGCUAUUAUAUGGCGUAAAAAAUAAAUAAAUAAACCUUCCAGUAUCGACCCGUCUGCCCUCACCACAAUGCCUUCUGCAGGAGGCUCCGCUAAAAUGUCCAGAAGGCUCUGAUGACAAACUGCAGGAUCUUUUCACUUUCUGUUAUAUUAAUCCACCAAUUGACAUUUUCGUACCAGUAUAAUGGGAUGUGCUUACUGGAAGCCCUGGUUUAAUAAUAUCAGCUUCACCCUGUCAUCUCCAAGUGUGUUCAGUUUUAAACUGAAAAGUGUUAUUUUAGAGCUUUGGACAUUAUGACACUUAUCUAGAAUAUGUACUGUAUCUAUGUGAUAUACUGUAUGUAUUUGAAAAGUAUAAACAUAAUUAGAUAACAAACACAAAGCGCUUAAACGGCCACCAUGGUGUGAUCAUUAGAUCUGCGGCACUAGAGCAGGUGUACUUUAUUAUGUUCCUUCAUCCCACUUGUGCGGCUCCUGGUCUGAAGUUACAAACCAUGAUUAUGGACUAUGGUCCAGGCCAUCAUCUAGCAGUGAAUUUAGCUGUUGCUGUUAUUUGGAAUGCGCUUUGUUACCCAUACCUGGCAUUGCGGGCAGUUCGGCAUACCACUGGCACUCAGUACAGCUAGCUAGUUUGUGGGACUCGGUGUGCCCUGUAAGGCUGUCCUGUCACUCGGGGGGGAUGCUACAGUCAUGCGCUAAAAAUGACGUUACUUGAUCGACACAGAAUAUGAGGCGAGUCUCUGUAAAAGUAUAAUUACUGUAGUAAAUCGAAGUAAAGUGCAUGACCCGGGUUUCAAACUGCUCAUAAAUCCUUAGAAAUUUCAAGAAUUGUUAAACUGAUAACUCGUUCAGAAUCAAACGUUCAGAGCCAUCCAAGAGCAGCAUCCAGACAGCACUUCAUAAACGGCUUAUUCGUAUUCAUUGAAAACAAAUCUCCACCAACACAUCAGAAAGCGACUUGUUUAUUUAUUUUACACUGUGUCAUGGGGUUGACUUUUCGCUAACGUGUAUCAUCAGCGUGUGCCUAUCUGUCAUAGCGUUCUGCGUCGAUAACGUGGACAGAGCAUGUGAGCGCUAGUUAUUUUUUGCCGAUGUCUUUACUAACAGCUGAGUUUUCAACAAGGUGGUACAAAGCAAGAAGCGCUACUCAACAUUUCAUAUUCUUAAGCACUUCUCCCUGAGUAGUCCCAGUGUGGCCUGCGCAGCACUGCUACAGUAUGUGGCUGGCUGGCUCCACACUCAUACGUAUGCGUUGGUUUCACUCAUUACAUUUGAGAGUUGAUGGAGUUAUUGAAGUACAUUAAGUAAAUAUAUUGUUAGAUUUGGAGUAUGUCUUAACGCUUGUAUAAAAUGUGAACCACAUCCUUAAUGAGGUAAAUGUUUACGCAGAUAGUAUUGUCACUUGCAAAAAAUUAAGACAAAAAAAUUAAAUCUACUAUAUAUUUCUACUUACUGUGUAUGCGAUCAAAGGUCAAACCAGAGUGACUUCAAGGUUCAAGAACUAAAAAAUGAACACAUUGGGGACCAGCGCCGCUUGAGGUUCGACUUUUGAUUUCACUUAUUAUGGAUGGAAAAGUUGUCCAAGAUAUGAUAAAAAGAAAGCUGUGCAUUUCUUCAUCAAAUCCCAGCUUCUAAUGCCUGCCUGUACGGCUUAAGGAGAGAUUCUGUUAAAAAGAGAUGUCCUCUCUGUCAUCCGAGCAAAUCAUCAUAUGUACAAUAAAUAAUCAAACUCCGUUCUGCUGAGGGGACGUCAAUGCCUGUGGCCGUUUGUGCAGUGCAGCCAGAUGCCAACUCCUCUCUUUAAUUGAACUCCUGAUUUAAUGAAAUGGCGUGCACUUGACCUACAGUAACACACCCUGUCUUACUAUUUAUAAUCGAUUUAAACUCGUGUGCAGUGAAUACAACGCAUAAGCUCUGCUCGUGCUCUUUAGUGCGGCCCGCACCUUCCAUCCUUCACUUGCAAUUCUUGACCACCAUGUAUGUUCACAAUUUGCAUUUUAAAAGGGCAACCUAAAUGUAUAAAGGGAGUCUCAAAAUCGGACAUGAUGCCAUAAUCGAAUAUACAAUAAAUCACAUUUGUAACCACUGAUCAUAAUAAACCAAAAA